UUUUUGUGUUUUUGUUUUUGUUGUUUUUGGCGAGGAUCGGAGGAAAAGAAAAGGAUGUAUAGAUCGGCGAGCUGGAGCCGCGUCUCGGAGGAUCAGUACUUUAUGCAUGGGUCGUCACCGUCGCCUAAUGAGCCGCAGAGCGGCCUGAGACGGACACCUUCCUCUGAAAACAACGAGCUGCCUCUGUACGACCCUAUCGCCGAGUUGGCUAAGAAGGAGAGGGCACGUGUCAAGUUUGCUGAGAAUGCCGUGCAUCUUAUUCCACUUGUCCUCUUCCUCUGCGCCAUUACUCUCUGGUUCUUCUCUAAUCCAGAUGUAGAUGUGGGAUUUAAAGCGGAUAUGGCAAGAAUCGAGGGAUUGACACUUGAUGGAGAAUUCGACAAUGAUAGUGAUGGUACUCAAACUGGAGUUUUACCCUUAAUAGACUUAUGGGACGAUCACCAAGUUUCAAACAAAUCCGCCAAGAGAUUCAAAUGAAGCCUUAAUUAAUUUCCAUUUUCACUGGGUAAUUAAUGACGUACACUACUAGCUAUGUGCUACCUGCAUCAUCUUGUCCAGAAAAAGAAAAGAUUGGUGGUUUUCUUUUUUUAUUUUUCUUUUGGAACCCAUAUUCAAAUUUGUAGCACAUAGCUUUAG